UGGUGUCGUGACAGCUGGAGUGGCCCAUCCAUUGGAUUAAACGGGCUAGAAGAUAGUUUAUUGCGGCGGAAAGCCCAAAUAACAGAGAGACAAGAUGUUGAACAUGUGGAAAGUCAGGGAAUUGGUUGAUAAAGCAACCAAUGUUGUUAUGAACUAUACAGAAAUCGAAUCCAAGGUUCGAGAGGCCACAAAUGAUGACCCUUGGGGGCCGUCAGGCCAGCUGAUGGGGGAAAUCGCGAGAGCAACGUUUAUGUACGAGCAGUUCCCUGAGGUGAUGAACAUGCUAUGGACCAGGAUGCUUAGAGACAACAAGAAAAACUGGAGAAGAGUUUACAAGUCUUUGCUGCUGCUUGCGUACCUGAUCAGGAACGGCUCUGAGCGGGUUGUGACCAGCGCCCGGGAACACCUCUAUGACUUGCGCUCUAUCGAGAGCUAUCACUGCAUAGACGAGAACGGGAAAGACCAGGGCGUCAACGUGCGACAGAAGGUUAAGGAGCUGGUGGAGUUCGUCCAGGACGACGACAGGCUUCGAGAGGAGAGGAAGAAGGCCAAGAAAAACAAGGAUAAAUACAUCGGCGUGUCCUCCGACAGCAUGGGAGGCUUCAGAUACUCGGGAGACAGGUAUGAUUCCAAGGAGUCCCGUUACAAAUGGGAUGACGAGUGGGAGAACAAAGGGGGUUUCCCUUUCAGUGAGAAACUGGGCGAAAUCAGCGACAAAAUCGGCAGCACCAUCGACGGCACCAUCAACAUGUUCCGCAAGAGAGACAGGGACGACUCGCCGGACAGGUUCAGCGACAACGAGGAGGACAGAGGCCGGGGGGCACGGAACGGCCAGUCGGGGAGGACGGAGUUUAAGGACGACGAGGAAACGGUGACGACCAAAAGCGUCCAGAUUGUUCAGGCCACGGAAACGACGGCCACGCGGAAGAGAGGAGGGACCCCAUCCAAAACAGUGGACCUGGGCGCAGCCGCGCACUACACAGGGGACAGCCCUUCUCCCAAAGCCAGCACCGCAAAGACCACAGAUUCAGGAAAAAGUCAGUCCAGCGGAGGCCUUGUAGACUUGUUUGGAGAUGACCCAGGAACAACGAAACCAGCUUCUACAGGAUUAAACUCAGAUCUGAUUGGAGGUUUUGCUGAUUUCUCUUCUCCUGCCGCCGCCGCCAGUCUUCCUUCUGCAGCAGCCCCAGCAGAAAGUGGGAACGGAGAUUUUGGAGACUGGAGCGCGUUCCCCAGCCCUCAGUCCGCAGCACCUGCCGCUCAACCCCCCAACCCCGCUGGGACGGACCUGUUCGGCAACCUCCACGCCGCCCCCGCUCCUGCUCCUGCUCCCGCUCCUGCUCCUUUUCCCGUCGCUCCUUCUUCUGACCUCUUUGACCUCAUGGGUCCCACUCAGACCACCAGCAUCAGUGCCUCCCAAAGCAUGAACUUCUCCAUGUCCAGCACUCAGAGUAUGAGCGUCCCCCAGUCCAAAUCCCAGCCUCUGCCAGGUUUUGGAGAACCUCUGGUACCACAGCAGCAGAACACCCCAAAAGCUACACCCAAAGCCGCCAUGCCCUCCACGUGGUCUGACACCGGGGUUAACAUCAGUCUGGACUUCUUGGGUCCAGGGAUGCAACCGCCCAAACCCGCUCAGCCGACACUCAGCAUGAUGCAACAGCAAGGGGUCCAGCCUCCUGUGGGCAUGGUUACACAGGGUUUUGCUGGAAUGAACCUUGGCAUGCAGUCUAGCCCCGCCCCUAUCAGACCACCCAGCAACCCCAUGAUGCCCGCCAGCGGCAUGGGCAUGGGUGUGCCACCCAUGGGGAUGGGUCCCGCCGGAGGGAUGCCCGUUAACCAGGGCAUGAUGGGAAUGAAUAUGAACAUGGGGAUGCCCGCUGCUGGCAUGGGGAUGGGCAUGGGUAUGGGAAUGGGUAUGGGAAUGCCAACCAUGGGCGUGGCAAACCCCGCCACGGCACAACCCAAACCAGACGCCUUCGCCGAUUUCGCCAACUUUGGCAAGUGAACGGGAGUGACCCGGGAGAGAGAGAGACCGCGAGCUGAACCAGGUCUUUGUGGAAGUUUUGACCAUGAAGGAUCCAGUUAAAGAGCUGCAAACAAAAAGUACUUGAAAGAUCAAAUACAGCCACCCUGCCAGUUUUUUCCUCUCUUUCAAACGCUGUGUAGAUACAUAUACAGAUAGCUUUAUGUUCUAAUGUCAGUCCAGACAAAGGACAGUACAGAGAAUGGUAAUGAACUUUUUUUUUGUAAGUUAUUAAAACAUUGGUGAUUGCACAUUGCAUCUCCCAGCAUUCAAAUGGUUAGUAAGCAUAUGCUUUAAAACGGCUGUUUAAUUUCAGACCUGUUCCAAUUGUGAUGACAAUGAUUUUCUUAACUCCUUUCUCACUGCACAUGUCACCACCCUACACACACACACACACACCACAAAGAGAGAGAGAGAGAGACACACACACACACCUAGAGACACUCCCUAAUUCUUUUGAGUGAAACAAAUCCAGAUGAUCCCAUGUGCCUGGCCUCCUCAUAAGACAUUGUGCUAUUUAACCAUUGUAAAUAAUACUAUUGUUAUUGUUAUUUGUUGCGCAGACAAUAAGUUAUUGAGAUAUUAAUCAUGAUUGAUACAAAUCAUGUUCUGAGGCCUUUACAAGUCUAUAGCAAAGAAUAUCAUCAUGUCUUUAACUUUUUUUGUUUUUUUAAUUUUCUUUUUCUCCCACUGAAACAUCAAUGCUCUUGACCUAUACUGGACUGAAGUAGAAACGGAAGGAAAGAACAGAGGGUUGGAUGUGAUUUUUCUUAAAUAAGAACCUUUGUGGCCUUUCAGAUAGUUAUAUUUUUAUACUGAAAUGUGACCUGUUUUUGCAUCUUUGUGUACAUGACAGUCCAGUCUAGACUCUGAUGCCGGUUGUUUAAUGUCCUUUUAAGGACGAGGUGCCUGUGAAAAUAUUGCCUUUUGGGUUUUCUUUUCUCUUUUUUUUUUGUGCUUUGUUUUGGUUUGUUUCAAAAUUUUGUACUGAAGACGAGAAUGAGAGCAUCCAGUAUUCAGCACAGUUACUGUAAGGAAUAUUGAGCGGUGUGUAUGUGUGUGUGUGUGUGUGUGUGUAUACACACUUAUUUAAAUACUCGUCAUCUGUCUCCGGUGCAUGGCUGGUUUAUGAGAUUUUGUGCUUGGGUGUCUGCAGAGGUUUUAAUUUUUCAAUCUAAAAUGAUCUGAAAAUGAUUUUUUUAUUUAAAGAAAAGAGAAAAAUUGCAAAUCUCUUGGUGCAGAGUGAAGAGAAUGAUGCAUGACUUUGUGUGUGUGUGUUUGUGUUUGAUCUGAGUGAAUGUAUAAGAGAAAAGUGCUGCAUCAGGAGGACCAUCACUGUAUUGUCAGAAAUCUUCUCCACCAUGUGCACUGACAAUGAAACAAGCCUUCCAUCCUAUUGUCUGUAAUGACCAAAAUCACAUUUAUUCCUUUAUUGUAGUAUCAAUAUAUAUGUGGGAUUAGCUUUUGCUUUUUUUAUGAAAAUCUUCCAGGGUCUGUGAGAGGACACACUUGGGUUGUGCUUUAGGGAUUGGAUCGUUACUGAAAAACACUAUACUUUUAUGCAAACAAAACAAAACAAACAAAAAAAAAUCCCUCCUUCCAUGGAGAUGAAUGGAAGUGUCUGUUUUGGAAAUCCAUAGAGUGAACUUGAUUGAACUUCACGAUCUGUUUUGUCUGAUAUUAAAAAGUUGAUUUUCAAAA